AUGGGCUCUCGCCUCUAUAAGAGCCACUUGACUAUCCAGGCAACCAUGAAAACCCAGACGCAACGAAUCGGAGAGAUGCUCGACAGACUCGAUACGACCCUACUACCUGCCAACCAGCGCCCUGAAUACCAGCCAUGGUCGAAGCAGUACCUCAAGUCCGAGUGGCUUAGAUUUAUGAAUGGUCAGUACACUGCCAUGCAGUCCAAAACCAAGGGCCUCGUCAAUCAAUGGGUUCCCAAGAUGGAAGCUGCGCAUGCAACGCAGGCAGAGAAGGACAAGUGGAAGGACGCCUCGAGUGAUCCACCGGUGGUGUUACUUAUGAGAUAA